AUGCGAGUCCUCAAAGCCGCUCUCGCACUUCUUUCGCUCUACUGCAUCCCUGCAGUCCUAGGCAGCCUCCCGGGCCCGUCUUACCCUGCUCCUCGGGAAAUCAGCUGCGAAUCCAGCUCGGUUACCGCUAGCUGGAAAAAUGUCAGGGCAACGUUGGACCAGACCCUCAAGGGUGGUGGAAUGGGUAAAUUGGCCUCAUCUCUGCUAAAGAACACCACCUUCUCAAUGGGUAUGUUCUCGCUCUACGACCAGGGCGCCCAUUCCAUGCAGUACCACCACACAGCCUUAGCCACCCUCAAUGGCACCGUAGGCGCGAAAAAGGUUGACGGCAGCACCAUCUACCAUGUUGCCAGUAUCUCCAAGCUCAUCACCACCUACGCGGGCAUGAUCGAGCUGCAUGAGAAUGACUGGAACAUUCCUUUGUCAGAUAUUUUCUCGGGCUUCAAGGAUUUGGUGGAAAAGACGGCCGAGAAUUACGAUGCCGUGCAGGAUAUACAGUGGGACAAGAUCACACUCGGCGACAUCGCGGCCCAGAUUGGUGGCAUCCCGCGCCUAGGCAUACCGAUCAGUUCGGACUUCGUGAUAGCAGCUCUGUCGAACCCCUCCGUCCUAGAUACCUGGGGCCUGCCGCCCCCUAACCUGGCCAAGGACGAGGCCCAGUAUCCCUGUGCCAAGUACCUAGCAUCUGGCUCAUUUGCCAAGUGCAGUAUCGAGGAAUACGCCCAAGGUAUCGCUUCCAACCCACCUAGGUACCCGCCUGCCACCAGUCCCCUCUAUUCCGACAGCGGCUUCUUCCUCCUCGGCGGGGCGCUGUCUAACCUGACGGGGAUGUCCUUGGAUGAGUUGUACCGCAAAGCCAUUUUCGAGCCCCUCGGUCUCAAGAGCACCUUAUCCAACCCGCCCACCGAGCCUGCAGUCAUCGCUCGCACUGUUGUCCCCAAAAAUCUAGCUACUGAUUUCUUCAAUGUCCCCAUUACCACUCCUUCUGGUGGCUUGUACUCGACCAUCAAUGACCUGUCCAAGAUCGGCGUUAGCAUUCUUAACUCAACACUCUUGCCUACCGAUAAGACCAACCGUUGGAUGAAACCGGUCUCCUUCACCGCAGAUCUCCGCUAUGCCGUCGGCCGUCCAUGGGAAAUCUAUCGAUAUGUGCACCAAGACACGGGUGUGGUCACAGACAUCUAUACCAAGCUGGGUGAUUCAGGAGACUAUUGCGGCCUGCUCGUGCUUGUACCAGAUUUUGAGAUCGGCUUCACUAUUCUCGGCGCCAGCUCCACAGGUGUUCACACGCAAGCAGUGCAACUUGUCGCCGACCUCCUCACAGACUCUAUGAUGCCCGCUCUCAUGACCCAAGCCCGUCACGAAGCCGCUACCAACCUGGCGGGAACCUACAACCCCAAAGACAAAGGCCUGAACACCACUCUGUCCCUGUCCGUUCCCUCGUCAUCCAAGUCGGCCCCGGGCCUUGUCAUCACGGAGUGGAUCAGCAACGGCACAGACAUCAAGAACAUCCUAGCCACAACUUUGAUAGACCUUGUUCCCCAUGUUCCGUUGCCACCGACGAACCCCGACAUGGUCAGGCUUAUUCCAACAAUUCAGGAUGUCGCAGCUUCGGGUCAGAUUGCAUUCCAAAUGGAUACAGUCAACCCUACCGGGCCCGUUAAAGGCCACCUGUUUUCCAAGAUGUAUGAUGUGGGAGACUGGGCUAGCACAAUCGACCAGCUCACUUACCAAGACAUACCUAUCAACGAGUUCGUGUUCCACCUUGAUAAGAAGACAGGGAAGGCAUUUUCUGUGACGCCGAGUGCGUACCACGUCGAGCUCGAGCGGAGGAAGUGA